CCCCUCCCCUCCCUCCCGGCAGCCCCAGCCCUGGCGAGCCGCCUCCAGCAGGGGCUCCGGAGAGCAGGUCGGCGGCCUGGGCAGGGCAGCCGAAGCCAUGGAAGCCUCCGCAGGUUGCUGAUCAGGGCCAGACAGCUGCAGCCGCGACUGCAGAGGCGCUGCGCCAAGCGGGACCGGAACGGUGAGAGCCGGCGGGCUGCGGAGCGCCAGUGGACUCAGACAGGAAGCCCCAAGCCACACGCCAACGGGCGCUCUGGGAAGGUGACGUCGAGACUAGCCCAGCCUAAUUUGGGGAUCCUGGUCCUGCUCCACCGAGGAGGGAGGAUUGCAGCCCCCACCGAGGAGGGAGGAUUGUCCAGCGCAGGGUGGGGUCCGAGUCAGGGAUCGGGGGGCCUGGCUUAUAGCGUAGAGGACUUGGUGCUGCGCUGGGGGUCAGGAGGCCCUGCCCCGAUGCCCGUGUGACCUUGGGCAAGGCCUUCGAGCUCUGUCUCCACGUUCAAUCAUCUGGAGAACCCGGGGUUGGAUCUAUGAUUCCUGGCUGCCCCUGAAGCCCUGACGAUCGAGAUUUUAAGUCGGGGGGCAGGAGUGCGCUAACUUCGUUGGUGGAGACAGCUGUGGCUAGCGCCUGGCCUACGGGCCCUUGCUCGGUCCUGGGGUGUCCUGCUGAAGGGUAAGAGGAGGAGCCAUGCCAGGCAGCGGCCCUAACGAGAGGAUGACAUGGCCUGGUCCGGGCCUCCCCGCGGCACCCCCAACGCGCCCUCUCUCCUCAGCCCCGGGGACACCACCCAUCCCGCCCUUCACCCGGACCCGCAGCCUCAUGGCCAUGUCUCUGCCGGGCAGUAGACGGGCCUCUGCUGGAUCCCGCAGGCGCACCUCUCCCCCCGUGAGCGUGCGGGACGCCUACGGCACCUCCUCUCUCAGCAGCAGCAGCAACUCGGGCUCCUGCAAGGGCAGCGACAGCAGCCCCACGCCCAGGCGCUCCAUGAAGUACACGCUCUGCAGCGACAACCACGGCGUCAAGCCCCCCACCCCGGAGCAGUACCUGACCCCCCUGCAGCAGAAGGAGGUGUGCAUCCGGCACCUGAAGGCCCGGCUGAAGGACACCCAGGACCGGCUGCAGGACCGGGACACCGAGAUCGAUGACCUGAAGACGCAGCUGUCGCGCAUGCAGGAGGACUGGAUCGAGGAGGAGUGCCACCGCGUGGAGGCCCAGCUGGCCCUGAAGGAGGCUCGCAAGGAGAUCAAGCAGCUCAAGCAGGUCAUCGACACAGUCAAGAACAACCUGAUUGAUAAGGACAAGGGGCUGCAGAAGUACUUCGUGGACAUCAACAUCCAGAACAAGAAGCUGGAGACGCUGCUACACAGCAUGGAAGUGGCCCAGAACGGCAUGGCCAAGGAGGAUGGUGCCGGGGAGUCGGCCGGCGGGUCCCCUGCCCGCUCCCUCACCCGCAGCUCCACCUACACCAAGCUGAGUGACCCCGCCGUCUGCGGCGACCGCCCCCCCAGCGACCACCUGGGGGCCUCUGCUGAGGACGGGGCUGACAGUGGCUUCGCGGGGCUGACCGAGGACACGCUGAGCCGGACGGACGCGCUGGAGGCCAGCAGCCUGCUGUCGUCGGGGGUGGACUGCGGCCCGGAGGAGGGCUCGCUGCACAGCAGCUUCGGCCUGGGUCCCCGCUUCCCCGCCAGCAACACCUACGAGAAGCUGCUGUGCGGCCUGGAGGCCGGGGUGCAGGCCAGCUGCAUGCAGGAGCGCGCCAUCCAGACGGACUUCGCGCACUACCAGCCGGACCUGGACGCCAUCCUGGAGAAAGUGACCCAGGCCCAGGUCUGCGGGGCAGUCCCUGAAUUGGGGGUCGGGGGCCCAGAGCUGGAGCCCCACCCCCUGGGGCCCAAAGACCCCAACUCCGCCGUGGUGGUGACGGUGGGUGACGAGCUGGAGGCCCCAGAGCCCAUCACCCGAGGGCCGAGCGCGCACCGGCCGGGGGCCAGCCCCGGCCCCGGCCCCGGCCCGUCGGUGAGCGUGGCGUGCCCGGUGGAAGAGGAGGCGGCGGCGGCCGCCGAGAAGGAGCCCAAGAGCUACUGGAGCCGCCACUACAUCGUGGAUCUGCUGGCCGUGGUGGUGCCGGCCGUGCCCACGGUGGCCUGGCUCUGCCGCUCGCAGCGGCGCCAGGGCCAGCCGGUUUACAACAUCAGCUCGCUGCUGCGGGGCUGCUGCACUGUGGCCCUGCACUCCAUCCGCAGGGUCAGCUGCCGCUCGCUGAGCCCGCACGGCCCGGGCGCCCCGGCCCGCAGCUCCCAGCUGUGAGCGCCGCCUGACCACGGACGGUGGGGCUGCCGCUCUCCCUCCCGCUCGUGCCCCGGGGGCCUCGUCUUACUUCCGUUUGGGGUUUGGGAGUGGCUCGUUCGGGACGUGAACAGUGUCGGGGGGCUGGCAGUCGGGGUUGGGGGAAGGCACCCUCAAACUGUGACAGAGGACAAGGGAAGAGAGACCAAAGGCAGGGAGGCACGCCGAAGGGACGCACUGCAGAGAGGGGAGGUGGGCAGGUGCCCCCACCCGGCCCUGUCCACCUGGACCUCCGCACGGGGCUGCCCGCCCACCCCCUCCUCCCUCCCCGAAGUGUCCGGUGUGUCGAUGUGGGGAGGCGGGGCCUGAGGUGCCCACGGGAGCCCCCCGCCCCCACCCCCGUGUCCCGCGCCCACGCCCCUCCAGCCGCCCCUGCCCUCAGUCCAGCCUUCUGGGCCAGUAUUAGCUCCUCGCCCAGAGCACAGGCCACCGGCCCAGGACUCGGAGCGGGGUCUGCAACCCCCGGGCUCCGGCUGCAGUUCCAGCGUCUUCCGGCCGCUCCCCGCUCUGGGAUUCGGAAGCCUCGUCCGGCCAUAGGCACGGGCCGGAGGAAAGACGGGGCGAUGUUGGGCACGAGGCGGCAGAGCGCAGCGUGGCUCUUGUGUCUGUUCGUCCUGGACCUUCCUCAGGCUCCGCUUCCCUGUCGCCGCGUCUGGCUGUGUCAGAUCGUUCUUCCCGUGAGAGCUGAGCCGGACAGGCUGGUGCUGGGGCUGGAGCGUCUGCGGGCCCCAGAGGAGGAGGCAGGGGGCUGGCAGCCCAGGGGGCCUCCUCCAGCCCUUCUGAGACAAGGUCCUGCAGUCCGGGAGGCGGGGCUGGACUCGGCAAUCCUCAGCUGCUUUGAGAAGCCCGACGACUGCCCCUGGAGCUCACCCCAAGUUUCUCUGGGGGGCCUCGGGCCCAACUUCUGCUUUGCACUAUGUUCACUUUGGGGCUUGGCUCUCAUGCACCCCAGCAUCUCCACUGAGGGGCUGCUUGCAUUCUAGGGUGAGGGCUCCUAGACUUAGACCUGCCUGCCUCUGGAGGGACUCCCAGCAGGACGGAUGGCACGAUGGGAUGCUGAAGCCAUGAUGUUCGUCCCGGCCAAAGCAGGGUGCCCCGGGUUGUCUCUCAGGCAGGGACGGGGCAGGGCAGGUGGGAGCCCUGCGGCCUCCCUGCUCACAGCCUGAGGCCAUGUGGCCUGGGAGCUUCACUGUCCCCCCUCCUUCCCUGGGACCCCAUGUGGUCCCCCAGCAAAGCUGCUGACAUUUUACCACCACUAUUAUUUGACAGAGUAAAUGCAUUCCUUCUCCCUUGUGGGGCUUACACCCAUCUGGUGGCCCCUCCCACUCUUCAGAGGUCAGGCCCCACAUCUGGGGUGGGUUGGUGGGACCCCGGGUCUCACUUAUCCCUCUGGCCCCGGGGCCACUCUGGUUCUCUGCCCAGGUUGCUCGCCCACCCCCGCUGCUCCGACAGCCGCUGCCUGACUUAGGGGGCCCGCCUUUCCUCUCUGCGCCCUCCACUCAAGGCGGGGGGGCACCUGCAUGCACUGGGAGUGGGCAGCCAGCUCAGCCAUGGGGGCGACAGCCCCCUCUGCCACACGCUUUGUGCGUCCAAGGCUCCCCCCACCGGUUGGGGCCUCAGACAGACCAGCCAUCCUUAGUGGAGCUCCCCCACCCCAGCCAAACCAGACCCGAACUCCUGGGGCCUGGCUGGGGCUGCCCCACAGACGCUGGGGUCGGGACACGGGGGGGCGGUGGACAAACCCAAUCCAAAGCCAGCCGGGCCUGGCCGUGGACCCAGCCUCCUGUGCCGUGUACUCGCGAAGCUGCCUAGUGUCUCCUUAGAAGUAGCCCAAGCUUUGCCGAGAAAAUAAAUGUAUGACUCCAUUUGACAACAUGAAAUCUAUGUAUUUUUCACACUGGAAUUCAGUCGAGCCGCGCAGCCCCUCUGCUCCUGCCUGUGUCUUGCUAUCUGUGGCCUUCCCGUCGUGUCUUGUGUUUCGGUGGACGUGGUCGGCGCCGCAGCCGCUCCGUCCCGCCGGAGGACGCCCCGCUGAAGGGCCGCGCCUGAGGUGAGUGGGGCCGCCGCUCUGGGUUGCGGGGCCCUCGCCCACAGCGUCGAGGGUCUUCUCUCGGAGCCUGCAACGGGCUUGUCCUCCUCGGGUCAGUGGAGGCGGUGGCUCUGCGCCAGGUCCCGGGACGGACCCUGCGAGCACGCGGGCCGGUGGCCCGGGCCCUGGUGCGCACGCGCGCGCGUGCUCAGUAGCCGCAUCUCUGCAAGGGGGGCAGCGCCGCGCGCGCAGCUCCGAGCACCGGGCACCGCGGCCUGCUGGCUCCCGGCCCUGGCGCCGCGGGCCACGGAGUGUGGGGCAGGAGGGCAAGGCCAGGGCCGGGGGCCGCCCGCGCAGUGCUCUUCCUCCAAAGCUCCCCCUUUACUUUCUUGCUUAAUACCUCCUCCUGCUGGGCCAUGGGCUUGCCCUCCUGCCCUCGGCUCCUGGCGCAGAAAUCCUCGGGGGACCUCCCCUGCCCCCUGGCCUCCGGCUGGCGCUGAUUCAAUCCUAAAGGACAUUUCCCCAGGAACCACCUACUGAACCGCUGGUCCCUUGGAGCCCAGCGGCCAGAAGUGGCUUCUGCUUAGUUGGAGGGCCUGGGUCUGGGCCUCUCUGCUGCUCCUGCUCCGGGCUCAGGCAGGAAUCAGAGCCGGGGCUGCGACUCUGCACCGAGAGCUGGCCUCCAGCGGAGUUUAUUCUGCGCAUCUCCCAAGGGGAUAGCUUAGCUUUUCACUGAACAGCCUUCCCAGGCAUCGCUAGCACCAGGCUGUCAGACAGUGAGCGCUUGGGGAGGGGCAGGCAUCCACGAAGUUCUGGGACAAGGGUCUACCGAGGGCCUGAGCCCAGGGAACUCAGGACCUCCUUCUCUGACCUAGGGGGCCAGUACCAAGAAGUCACAGCAUACUCUCUCAUUGGGCCAUCCCCUCGACGGAGAAUUCAGGGGAUACAGGAAGAUGGAAGGUGGGGAGGGUCUUCAUUUUGUCUCCUUUGUCCUGUUCAGACAGAGUUGUACCCACAGCAGACAGCUCUGAAUUAAAGCAUGAAAACA